AGAUUUCUUGCGCCAAGAAGGACGGGGGAGCGCACUGCACUACUGCGAGUGAGCGUGAUAGCAGAGCAGAGGGUGAAGGAGCUGCACCGAGACGAGAAGCUGCAAAGAAACACAACGACGAGACGCGAAACAAAGCCGCCAAGUUGAGAGUAACUAUGGAGAGAGCGAUGUUGGGACUGUUCGGGAUUUGCUGCACCUUGCUUGCUGUUGCGCUGCAAGUAUGUCUGGCUUCAGUCACAGUCAAGGUGACUCCAGAGGUGGAAGUGAUUAAAGGAGAGACUGCCAAACUGCAUUGCAGCUACACCACCUCUGCAUCAGCCUCUGCUAUUGUGGUCCAAUGGUUGAUUGAGGUUGCAGGUGCAAGAAAACAAAUUGCUUUCAAGUCUCCACAAGGUAUUGGUGUUGAUCCAGGCACAACAAUGACAGAUCGGUUAUCCAUGGAAGACGACCUGUCCAUCACCAUCUCCCCAGUCAUGGUGGAAGAUGAGAGAAUCUACAUCUGCCAAGUGACCGCAGGAGCUGUAGGGUUCUCUGAAGAUAAGACCCAGGUCAAGGUUUUCUUUGCUCCAGAGAAGCCAACGAUCACAGGAAAUAAUCAGGCUAUUACCGUCACUCCCGAAACUGACACCUCCUCUGAGGUGGGCAAGUGCAUCAGUAGGAAUGCUUACCCUCAGCCUCGUAUUAUCUGGUUUAAAGAUGCCACCCCUCUACCUGAAGUAAAGGACCAAAAGGAAAAAACAUAUAUGAUACCUAGUGUGGUGAAGGAAGCCUCAGGCCUGUACACCAUGACCAGCACUCUGUUCAUGCAGCCGGUUAAAGCCGAUGCUAAAUCUGUCUUCCACUGCACGGUGGAGUACAGCAUGCCAAACAACCAGAUCAAACAGGAGAGCUCCGAUAAGUUCAACCUCUCGCUGCUCUAUUCAACAGAAACUGUGUUCUUCAAACUGAAGAAUCAGGGGCCAGUCAAAGAGGGGGAUGAUGUGCUGAUGGAGUGUGAGACUGAUGGAAACCCUCAGCCAGAGUUUGAAUUUUAUAAAGAGGAUGGAGAACUGGUAGCAUUGAAAGGAAUGCUAAUAGUGAAGAAUGUCACUCGAAAGGAUGCUGGAAUCUAUAAGUGUGAAGCUCUGGAUUUUGACGCCGAAGAUGGUGUUGAACUUACCAAAACUCUUAGCUUAAAUGUGCACUAUCUUGACCCCGUGGCAGUGAUUCCAGAAGGCCCAUUGCUUGCUGCUAAAGGAGAUAUUGUGGAGCUUCAGUGUAAGACCAAGUCCUCUGAUGAAUACACCCUGCAGUGGAAAAAGGACUCAAAGGAGCUGUCGCAGACGGGUGUGUUGACUCUCCAGUCAGUGACUCUGGCUGACGCUGGCGUGUAUUUAUGUGUCGGAGCUGUACCUUCAGUGCCAGGUCUCCAAAAACAAGCCAAUGUCACCCUUACCGUCACAGGUGCACCUGAGAUGGCUGCUCCACUGAAUGGUUUUGUUGAUAAGGAAGGAGGGAUGGUCACUCUCAACUGCUCAGCUCUUGGUCAUCCUUCUCCACAGUUCACCUGGACACCUUCUGGCAAAGAGUCAGUGACAGUAGUGGGAAAUAAGGUUAUCAGCACAGUCACUCUUGAGGCCUCGGCUGUGGUUCUGAAGGAUGGUGUGAUUUGUGAAGCAUACAACAAGCAUGGAAGAGACAGCAAGAACUUCAAGGUGUCCAUCAAGUCAGAUCCAGACAAAUCAUCAAAUCUCAAUGCUGCUAACCGAGGAAACCCUGUGUUUAAAACAGCGGAGAAACAGCAGGGAGGUUCGGGCGCGGUGGUGAUUGCCGUGGUGGUGUGCGUUCUACUGCUUCUCCUCCUGGUGGCUCUGCUCUUCUUCCUUAGUAAGAAGGGCAAGCUGAGCUGUGGGAAAAAGGACAAGAAGGAUGUGGCAUCUGGAGAGGUGAAAGGUGGUAUUGUGGUGGAGAUGAAGUCCAGUGAGAAAGGCAAUGAAGAGGCUGGUCUGCUAAACAAACCACAUGCAGAACAGUGAUAAAAAACGAAGAAGAAAAGAUACAAGUAAGAACAAGAUCUCCAGAGACGUAGAGGAUGGUGGUGAAUUAAGAGUGCUCUGAUGGAGGAGAAGAGAGGAGAAGGAGGAAAGAGAAGAUGAAUUC